AUGGAGGUUGUAAAAUUUGAUGCUCUAUCCAAUGCUUUCUUGCAAGUGUUUAAGAAAGUUAUUAGAGAUUUGCAUGUAAGCUUGGAAGUGAAUGUUUUUAAUAAACACAGCACUUUAUCACUUUGCCAGCCCGAAUUUUUUACGCCUAGUAACGUCAAAGGUUUAAUGGAGGAUGAUGUUGAUCCUUCCAAAAGAGAUACUGCACAAAUUUCAGGAAUGCUUGCAUCAAGAGGCAUACUGUCAUUUAAAGUUCAAGGGGAACAAUUUUUUCAUUACCUUGUAAUUACAUGGGCUGUCAAAACCGCUAUGAAGAAAGGAAGGAAUUCAAUAACUGUCACCAUAAUGAAUAACAAACCAGAAAGGAGGGAUCGUCGUUACUUAUACAAAAAUUUGCAUCGUAAAGAUAAUAGAAAAUAUCCCGGUGACAACAUUAACCUUAAUAACUUAUAUUAUCGUAUAUCUGGGGGCAUUACUGACGGGGAUAAUGCAAAAUUGAAUAUUGUUUUGAAGAAUACCGAAAUUAGUUCAAUACCCAGACCAAGCAACCAUAAUGUGCAAGACGACCGUUCAACACCAGAAACACAAACACAAGCCGUACAUUAUAUACAUCCAGCACGGCAUCAAAACCAACGAACAUCGCCACCUUCAUAUUUUCCCACAGAAAAUGGUUAG